GAGAAUAUUAUUGAUUUUUAAUUUUAUUAUAUAUCAUAAUUAAUAUUAUAUAUAUACUUGAUCAUCAUGAAUAUUCACUUGGCUACUCCGAUACCUAAUUUCUUCCCAAGCUUCCAAAUAUUCAACAAACUAACCAUAAUUAGUAGUGGAAUUAUUAAUCCAAAUCAUUUCAGGUUCAAAUUUAAUGUUGUCAAAAACAAAGCCACAGGGGAUGAAAGACCAAGUGGGAAAUUAUCAGUUAAAGAGAAUAGUAGUUGUUAUCAUAAUAAUAAUGAUGAUGAUUUAUUCAGUGGAAAAUUGGUGCAGGGGAAGCAUGUUUUCCAGCAAAACUUCUCGAUUAGAUCAUAUGAGGUAGGCCCUGAUUCUAAAAUCACCAUUGGAGCCUUAACUAAUCUUUUACAGGAAUCAGCAGUGAACCAUUUGAUAAGGGGUGGGGUGAUGGUGGAAGGUUUGGGUUGGACGCCGGCCAUGUGCCUCAAAAAUCUGAUUUGGGUUGUCUACAACAUCCACAUUCUCAUUGACACCUACCCUUCAUGGAGUGAUGUUGUUGAAGUAGAGACAUGGACUUGUGCAUCAGGAAGAAAUGGUAUGCGUCGUGACUGGCUAGGCCGUGAUUACAACACACGAAAAACUCUCUUUACAGCUGUCAGUGUGUAUGUGAUGAUGAAUAAGAAGACAAGGAAAUUAUCCAAGUUCAUUGAGGAAACUAGACAAGAAACCAAGCCUUUAUUUAUGGACUACUGUGAUCCAAUAAUCAACGAUGCCACAAAGUUAAGGGACUUGGAUUUUGACACUGCUCAUUAUGUUAUUAAAGAUUUAUCGCCUAAAUGGACUGAUUUGGAUGUUAAUCAACAUGUGAACCAUGUCAAGUAUAUCAACUGGAUCCUCCAGAGUGCUCCUGAGUCAAUAUUGGAGACUCAAAAGUUAUGCUCUUUGAAAUUGGAAUUUCGAAAGGAGUGUGGAAAGAACAGUUUGCUUCAUUCUUUAUCUGCCAUCUCCAAAAAAUCUGAUCAAGGCUUUGAGUUAGAACACACUCUUCGUCUUCAAAAUGGCUUAACAAUUUUGAGGGGAAGGACUGUUUGGAUACCAAGAAACUACUGAGAAACUCAUAUUUUCCAUUUUUUUUAAUUAUUAUUAUUUUUUAGAAACUGAUAGUGGUUCACAUCAAAUUUUAGAAUAAUCGGUUAUUCAAUGUAGAAUUAGUUUCUAUUUUCUUUUCUUUUUUUUUUUCUUUAAUAUAGUUGGUGGUAACUGGUUACCAUCAUAUCACUAAUAGAAUAAAAAAUUCAUAGUA